AUGCCUAUCUAUCACAUUGUCCUCUUCCGCCUCAAGGCCGGAGUCACCCAAGCCCAGUUGGCGAUCUGGUCGCAGAAAUGCAAGGGAAUGGUUGGGCAAAUUCCCGGUCUUGUCUCGAUGGAAACUAACCAGCCACUGCCAAUCUCGGUUCCUCGCGCAAAGGGAUUUGAUAUGGGCCUUGUGGCGGUCCUGGAAAAGGCCGAUGAUGUCGCUACCUAUGCGACACACCCGGCACACCUUGAGGUUCAUAAGAUGAGAGAAGAGCUCUGCGAAGAUACCCUUGCUUAUGAUCUGGAGUUCUAA